UUUCUAAAUUAUUCAAAUAUGUAUAUACUAUACAUAGAUAUGCUUUUUCUUUUUCCCCUUUAAUUUCAUUUUUUUUUUUCCCAAGGAAAUCUGCUCGGUCCCCAGCAGCCGCCGCUGCCCCUUUGAUGUUUUGGUACGCCGUGCGCAUGCGCCUCACAUUAGCAUUACUGCACUGGGCAGACUAAGUUGGAUCUCCUCUCCUCAGUGAAACCCUCAAUCCCACCAAAAACUAAAGGGAUGUGGAGAGUCCGGAAAAAGGGUUACUUUGGGAUUUGGUCCUUCCCGUUAAUAAUCGCUGCUGUGUGUGCUCAGAGUGUCAAUGACCCUAGUAAUAUGUCGCUGGUAAAAGAGACGGUGGAUAGACUCCUGAAAGGCUAUGACAUUCGUCUGAGGCCAGAUUUUGGAGGUCCACCCGUGGCAGUGGGAAUGAACAUUGACAUUGCCAGCAUCGAUAUGGUUUCCGAAGUCAAUAUGGAUUACACCUUGACAAUGUACUUUCAGCAAGCCUGGAGAGAUAAGAGGCUCUCCUAUAAUGUAAUACCUUUAAACUUGACUCUGGACAAUAGAGUGGCAGACCAACUCUGGGUGCCUGAUACCUAUUUCCUGAAUGAUAAGAAGUCAUUUGUGCAUGGAGUGACUGUCAAGAACCGAAUGAUACGCCUGCAUCCAGAUGGGACCGUCCUUUAUGGUCUCAGGAUCACAACCACAGCUGCCUGCAUGAUGGACCUAAGGCGGUACCCACUGGAUGAACAAAACUGCACCUUGGAAAUUGAAAGCUAUGGAUACACAACUGAUGACAUUGAGUUUUACUGGCGUGGGGAUGAUAAUGCAGUAACGGGAGUCACAAAGAUUGAACUUCCACAGUUCUCUAUCGUAGAUUACAAACUUAUCACCAAGAAGGUUGUUUUUUCCACAGGUUCCUAUCCCAGGUUGUCUCUCAGCUUUAAGCUUAAGAGAAACAUCGGUUACUUUAUCCUGCAAACAUACAUGCCUUCCAUCCUGAUCACCAUCCUCUCCUGGGUCUCCUUCUGGAUUAAUUACGAUGCUUCAGCUGCGAGAGUGGCGUUAGGAAUCACAACUGUGCUGACAAUGACCACGAUCAACACCCAUCUCCGGGAAACCCUCCCUAAAAUCCCCUAUGUGAAGGCCAUUGACAUGUACCUGAUGGGGUGCUUUGUCUUUGUUUUCAUGGCCCUUCUGGAAUACGCUCUGGUUAACUACAUCUUCUUUGGAAGGGGACCACAACGCCAAAAGAAAGCAGCUGAGAAGGCUGCCAGUGCCAACAAUGAGAAGAUGCGCCUAGAUGUCAAUAAGAUGGACCCCCAUGAAAACAUCUUACUAAGCACCCUUGAGAUAAAAAAUGAAAUGGCCACAUCUGAGGCUGUGAUGGGACUUGGAGACCCCAGGAGCACAAUGCUGGCCUACGAUGCCUCUAGCAUCCAGUACCGGAAAGCAGGGUUGCCCAGGCAUAGUUUUGGCCGAAAUGCCCUGGAACGACACGUGGCACAAAAGAAGAGCCGCCUGCGGAGACGCGCCUCCCAACUGAAAAUCACCAUCCCCGACUUGACUGAUGUGAAUGCCAUAGAUCGGUGGUCCCGCAUUUUCUUCCCAGUGGUCUUUUCCUUCUUCAACAUCGUCUAUUGGCUUUAUUAUGUGAACUAAGACGUGAGGUCCCAUGGGAAGCAAGGACUAGAUUCCUCUUCAAACCAGUUGUAUAACCUGAUGUAGGACUUGGAAAACAGAUCAAUCCAGGACAAAAGUGAUGCUAAAAUACCUUAGUUGCUGGCCUAUCCUGUGGUCCAUUUCAUACCAUUUGGGUUGCUUCUGCUAAGUAAUGAACACCAAGGUCCUUGUGGUUUUCCAGUUAAAAUGCAAGUGAUUUGUACACAUGCUGGCAAGACAGAUUCUCAGUGUUCCACUUUCUCUGCUUAGUCUUCCACCUACAUAAGAGGGAAAUUAUUUAGAAAAUAUUCAUAGAAGG